CGGGUAUUGUAGGUUUCUGCCUUGUCGUCAAGACUCACGAGCCGCCGGCCUGUGGUGUGGCAGGUCAUACCUUGUCUCGUCAAACACUACUCCAGGCUAGUCCAUCUGCUCGCGGACACUUCUCACCUUGUUGCCCCUGGCUUUGUUCGAGAUAUUCCCUAGAAUUCUUUCAACUUCAAUCAGCAAUGUCGUGUUUGCUACGAUAGCGGGCCUUCGUUUUACGCACUCGCGACUUGUGUUUCGUCUGCUUUGGCGGCUGGAAACCUCCUCUUCGUCCACGAUGCUGAGCUUCAUAGGCGUACUGGUAUGCCUUUGCAUGCUUUCAGGUCACACGCGAGCUCUUCAAGUCACCCCAGGCUCUCCCUGUGCAGCAGUUUGUCUCAACAACCCGGAGUCUGACAGUCAAGAUCCCAACUCAUCCACCACGGAAACGUCUGAACUUGUCUGCCUCAACGAUGAGUUCUCGACACAGACUGCCGGAAUUAAGUAUCAAAACUGCAUGCAAUGUCUGCAGACCAGCAACUCAACGAGUCUGGGAGAGAGCGAUAGCUCGUGGUUCAUCUAUAACGCCCGCUUCGCGAUAGAUGUCUGCAUGUUUGGCUUCAAAAAUGAGUCAAAGCGAGUCUCGUCACCAUGCGAUGUCGGUCAGGCAUGCAAGUCUCUCAAGACUGCAUUGCUCGUGGGGAACAUGGACCCGACCCGGGACAUCUAUGAGUACUGUGACGCCGAUGGCGGCAGCUUCUCCGGCAACAAAAUGGAUGCUUGUACACAAUGUUACGGCAAUACCGACACCACUUCAUACUUGUCGAACUUCCUGGUUGCAUUGAAAGCAGGUUGUGAACAACGACCUCAUGAUGGCGCUUUGCUCGGCUUAAGCCAAAGCGUCUUUUCCUCAUCCGCCGUGGAAAUCACGGAUCCGCCGACAGAAACUGCACUUACUGGAACGCCCGGCAACGCAACGGCAAUGACUACUGGCGCCAUUGUGGGGAUUGCGAUUGGUGGUGCACUUCUCCUCUUCGGCGGCAUCGGCCUCUUUUUCGUCUACCAUCGCAAGCAGAAACGACUCUAUAACAUGAAUCACUUCACCGAAUUUGACUUCCAAGACCAGGCCAACCGCGGCCGAAAGUCAACUUCGCCACAGCCACUGCUCUUGCCUGGCCAUGGAGGUAGUGGAAGAUCGUCAACAUCAACACCGGAUCCAAAGUCGAUCGGCUCAAAUGUUUACGCCACCUAUUCCGUCGGGAACCUGAGCGAAUACGAGCUAUCGUCGAAGCGACAGCAUAUCAACUCUCAUAGCCGGACAAACAGCAGAACCAGUCAUUACCCCAGCGAGCUGGAAAAGGAGAUGCAGCUCGGAAAGAUCAAAAUCAAGCCGAUGCCUGCGAUGUCGAGGAUACACGGCUACACCAGCUCCAUGAGUUCACAAACGGCCCUCCCGGCGGUCAGCCACCAACAGCCACCCGCGCUUCCAACAUAUGUACCACAAGCACACAGCCGACAAAACUCGCUCGCGGACCCUGCCAUGGCUCUGUUAUCUGGCAACAGACAAGACUCGACCACGUCACAUCAGGCGGCUGAUCCCAUGGAAACUUCAUACCUUCAUGGGUUGACAACGUCAUCGUGGCGUCCAAUGUCCGAGGAAGCAUCAGCCACCAGCAACGCGAACACACAGAGUACUCGACAAGAGCCGCAGCAGCAACAACAACAACAACAACAACAAGACAGCCGUGAGCACCCUUCGCGGUGGCCAUCUCCUAGCCACAAUCCAUACCGCGCCUCCAUGGGCAGCAAGCGCCCAGCACCUUCCGCACCCACGGGUUCGGCAGUGAACCCAUCGAACCCGGCCAUCGCAAAGAUAAUAGCAACCACACAGCAGACGGGCUCGACCUCCGCUGCUACCCGGACACAACAGACCAGCAUGCUGCCACAUGGGAUCCCGCCGCCCCCGCCGGGCUCCAAAGCACCAGACCUCGCGGUGCCCUUGGUGCCGAGGAUACGAGUGCCAAAGACCUACGUGCCGCCGUCAAUCACGGUGGAAGAAGCCACGCCUGUUGAGCGGGCAUCGUAGGCAGUAAACAAGCGUUCGCGAUUCUCCAAGUUAAUGCUCUCGAAUAUAUUGGUUGGAAUGUUGGAGAAAAUAUGGGCCGGCUGCAUUGUCUUUCAAGGUUGUUCUCUUCGUGGAUGCAUGUACCUGUGAUAGUUUUGAGCGAUAACUGUUCUCUCUGCACAAUCAGAAUUGAUGUUUUUGUUUUUGUUCUCCUUCCAUCAAUGAUGUGCAGCCAUGGCUGCCAACCCUUGGGCCUCCUUUGGUGCAGAAGCAGAGCACCUUUACGAAGGCACGUAUAUCUGUGGCUGGGCCAAGACAAUGGGACGUUGGGCUUGGCCCACCCAUGUCGGACGGCGGAGUGAAGC